GUAUGCCGUGCUUUAAAUCGAGCGCUCUCGUUGUCGUCCUCCAUCCGAGCGGAUCUCGCGAGAAGUCAUAUGUCUGCGUGGUUUACAGCAGCCAGGGAAACUGCUACCACAAUAUAUAUCUGGAUAAUCGUAUAUAUGUGGUCAUAAAGACUCUGUCGAUAAAAUAUGGCGUAUCUAACUACAAAUCCCGCGGAUAAGGAGAGGUUUAUUUGUGUGUAUCCAGUCUACCUGAACAGUAAGAAGACGCUCGCAGAGGGGCGACGAAUCGCGGCAGAGAAGGCAGUAGAAAAUCCUUCCUGUUCUGAGAUCAAAGAUGUACUGAGUGCAGCUGGGCUCAAUGUUCUUUUGGAGAACCACAUGCACCCCAGGGAAUGGAACAGAGACGCACAGUUCAGAGGUCGGGUCAGAGUUCAACUCAAACAGGAAGACGGCAGCCUCUGUCAAGACAAGUUCACCUCGCGUAAAGAUGUCAUGUUUUACGUAGCAGAGAUGAUUCCCAAGUUGAAGACCCGUACCCAGAAGAGUGGAGGAGGAGACUCUAACUCCCAGCAGGCUGACGGAGGCAAGAAGAACAAGAAGAAGAAGAAGUAGUAGUGGUCGUGGUGGUGGUGGUGGUAGUAAAUUUAAAGGAAAUAUGGUUGAGGUUUUAUUCAAACAUCAUUUGUCAGCAGCAUUAACUGACUUCAUAGGAGCGGUGGAAGUUGUUUUUGUUUAUUUGUUUUUUUUAAAGAGGAUAUUUUGGUUCUAUAUUUCCUGAAUGAGUGUCAGUGUUUGUACCUCCUAAUACCGGGCUGCAAGUAUUUUUUUUCAUUUCAUUCCUGGGAAAGUGGAAAGUUUGAAUAAAAAGGUUUUUCAAUAUUG